GCCGCGAAAUACCCGCGUGCGGCGCGGCCGCCCUUGGGGGGCGGUGCGUGGCCGGGCUAUGGCGGCCGCUUGGCUCCCGCUGCUCGGCCUGGGCCUGGGCCUGGGCCGCGGCGUCCCCCGCCCCCUCUGCAGCCGCCUCUUCGCUCGCCGUUACCAGGUGAGCGCCGCGAAGAAGGCGAAGGCGGCGGGAGAUGAGGGGGGCAAGGCCUCGCCGCUGAGCCCGGAGCAGCUGGAGCGGAUCCGCAAGAACAAGGAGGCGGCGCUGCAGCGGCUGGCGGAGCGGAACGUGCCCCCGGGCUUCGGGGACAGCUGGCGGCGGCAGCUGGCCGGGGAGUUCUCGAAGCCCUACUUCAUGGAGCUGAUGGCGUUUGUAGCGGAAGAGAGGAAGCGCUACACGGUCUAUCCGCCCCCCGACCAAGUCUUCACCUGGACGCAGAUGUGCGACAUCAGGGAUGUAAAAGUUGUCAUUUUGGGACAAGAUCCGUAUCACGGACCUAACCAAGCUCAUGGGCUCUGUUUCAGCGUCCAGAAGCCUGUUCCACCUCCCCCCAGUUUAGAAAAUAUUUACAAAGAGCUGUCUACGGAUAUUGAGGACUUCACUCAUCCUGGUCAUGGUGAUCUAACUGGCUGGGCCAAGCAGGGAGUGCUCCUACUCAACGCUGUCCUGACGGUGCGAGCCCACCAGGCCACCUCCCACAAGGAGAGAGGCUGGGAGCAGUUCACGGACGUGGUGGUGUCCUGGCUCAACAAGAACCUGCACGGGGUUGUCUUCAUGCUGUGGGGAGCCUACGCCCAGAGGAAAGGCAGCUCCAUUGACAGGAAACGCCACCACGUCCUGCAGACGGUUCAUCCCUCGCCCCUCUCUGUCAACAGAGGGUUUUUCGGCUGUCGGCAUUUCUCGAAGACGAAUGAAUUGCUCAAGAAAUCCGGCAAGAAGCCCGUUGACUGGCGAGCGCUCUGAGCUGCGCGCAGAGACCGCGGGGUCUAAUGGUUGUAACGGCCCCUGUUUCGGGGGUUGUCUCGUUUCUGAAAAACUUCUGCUGACCGGAGAAUUGCUUUUCAGAUGUUGAUCAAGGAACAAAUGGCCAAACCUUCAGAGAUGUUAUAUUUUUUUAAAUCUUUUUUUUUUUUUUUUUUUUUUUAAAGAGCAGAUUAGAGAGUUACAUGGACGACAACUCUGCUGUCUGAACAGGUCUCGGCCUAGUUUGAAACAAACAAACCAAAGAGUUCUAUAUUAAUUCGUGUUCUUUGUUGUAGUGGGAAUAUAUUUUCCGGCUCUUGUGAAGGGAUGUCAAUCCUUACAGCUGAAGCUGUUCAGCUUUUGUAAAUACCCUGCUGCGCCUCCUCCCACCCCUUUGCUUCCUGCUGUGCAAAUCCAGAUUUCAUGCUUGGGGGCGUGGAGCUGACUCCACGGGGGGAAAAAAGGCAAAUGCUGUUUGGUCUCAGCUUUUCACUACAGAUGACGAGAUUUAUUAGAAAUACGGCCUCUUGGCACUGUAAAGACCGUACGCUGUCAGAAGUGUUACCUGGUGUACCAUACUUUCAAGAUUUUGGGGUAGAUCCGCCCCCCCCCCCCCCCCCCCCGAGGGCAGACCCUGGCCAAGGCUCUGGCUGCACUCUGAGAUUUUGUUGGCGUUUAGGGAGGAAAACCAUCAGCUUCUGGAUUCUUGCUGGGUGCGUUAAUCAGUCACUUGGAUGACAGGUGAGCUGUGGUGACCACGGGCUCUGUGGUCCCUGCCGAUGGCAGCAGCGAAGGUUUGUUCGUCCAGAUCCGCCGACUGAGGGGCCGGCGGUUGCAAAUUAUUUAGGAUCUUAAAAGAUCCUAAAGCGGAGGGAGUUCUGUGCUUUGCCUUCACUGGAGCAAAUCGAGGUUUCUGGCCAGUGUUGAAAAUAGCUGUCGGGACUCCAGGAUGAAGACAAGGUUGGACUUGGCAGUUCUGGUUUUCCAGUCCAUCUCUGACUUCAUAAUUCCUUUAAUGGAAGUGAUGUGCCUUGGUUGCUGGGAAAUUACACCAGUUUUUAUAGAAAACCCUGUAAACCUUUCUUUGGUAUUUGCCCCCGUAGGUGACACUAGUCCAAGUGAAGUUUACACAUUCUGUGGCUGUUGUGGUUUUUGGUUGGUUGGGGUUUUGUUUGUGGGGUUUUUUUUUUCCCUCCCAGUUUGUUUUUUUAAAUAAAAAUUACUUAGUUUA